AUGAAAGCCCUCGUCCUCAUCACGGCAGACAAGACGGCUGUCGUCAAGAACGUUCCUGUCCCCGUCUUGGCGGCCAACGAGAUCCUCGUCAAAGUUCAUGCCGUGGCACUCAACCCCGUGGAUGCCGCCUGGGUCAUGUCUCCAAUCGCGGCCCAGGCAGAGAGAAUUGUCGGCAUUGACUUCGCCGGUGAAGUCGUGGAAGUACCAGAGAGCCUGCGGGGGUCUUCUUCUGACCCCAGGCUGAAAGUAGGAGCUAGAGUCGCUGGGUUUGUACAGGGAGCCUGCUCGACCAACGACCGCCUCGGUGCGUUUGCCGAGUAUACUCACCCGGAAUGGGACCUCGUCUGGCUCAUCCCGGACUCCAUGUCCUACGAGGGAGCCUCCACCAUCACUGCCUGUGGCCUGACAGCAGCCCAGUGCCUCUCCUACCAUCUCGGCGUGCCCUCGCCCUUCUGGCCCUCGACCAGCAGCGCCGCGGGAGACGGACCCCUCACCAUCUUCCUGUACGGCGCGUCGACGUCGUUGGGUCUAUUCGCUGCGCAGCUGGCCCAUCUCGCCGCCAGCACGUCCGGCCGAGCUGUCAAGCUGGUCGGCACGGCCAGCAAGGCCAGACACGAGAUGCUCAAGAAGGCACCGUACAGCUACGACGCGCUGGUCGACUACCACGAGGCGGACUGGCCCGAGCAGGUCCGCCAGCUGACCGGCGGCGGCGGCGUCGAUUUCGCCGUCGACUGCGUUACCGAGCCCGAGACGAUCAUCAAGACGGAGUCGGUCCUGAAGAGGACGGGCCAGUUUGUCAUCGUCCGGAAUCCGUCAAUGAUAGGCUUCUCGAUGGACGACGUCGAGAUCAAGCCCAUCUGCAACAGCGUCUUUGAGUGUCUGGGCCAUGCCCUAUACUUUGGGAGUCUCGAGUUCCCCGCGAACCCGGAUGCUCGUAAGUUUGCUGCCCAGGUUUACAGCUACUGGACGCGGGAAGCCCUCGCAGGCAAGACGCCCAUCGAGCCCAACCCGGUGAGACUGAUGCCUGGUGGUCUCGAGCGGAUCGUGCCUGAUGCGUUCCCCCUCCUCAGUUCUGGCGUCAUGGCCUCUUCUUUCCCGGAUGGGAAAUCCAAGCAAGGAGGCGAGGGGACAGAGGAGCAUUUGAAGCCUAUUGCUGGUGAGAAGCUGGUGUAUACCAUUACCUAAAGAGAGAGAAUUGUGGUGUUGUGAGAGACGACGACCGAGAUCUAG